GAUGCAUCAUUUGUCCUUGUUCACCAAAUAAUAAAGAAGGAUAAAACGAUACAUUAUGCGUUUCAUGCGUAAUUCGGAACGCAUCCAGGUUACAUAAAACGCUCGUGGCGACUCCAGUCUCCAUUAAUAAUCUUGAGCGGCGUCUUUAAAUGCGUUCCGAUUGUUUCGAACGAUCGACGUACUUGACACAUGUUUGUAUAUCCAGUGAAAAAUUGACGGAUCUCGAUAUGUUACGAUUGUGUAUCUUAAAAUUGUGUCUCGCGAUGAAAGGUACCGGAAGGUCGGAGAGACUUUUGAGUCAAAUAUAUUUUAAAAACCAUAAUCGUUUUAACGAUGUCAUAUGUUGGGGCUGUCGAAGAGGUUAUGCCCAACGUUCCUCAUCGCUAACACCUCCCAUUUACACACUACACAGAUUACUGGAUAGAAUUUCUUUUGAUUUUCCUGCAACACUUUCGACAGUUACGAAAGAAAAAUAUGAUGAAUAUGGCAACAAACGUAGCAGGAAACGAUACAAGCAUUUAGGAAUGCUCUUGGGCAGUCUUGGGUUUGUAGUGGCUUUUUGUGACACUUCACAUUUUAAAGAAAAAAGAUUCUUUCGCGCUGUCCAGUAUGGUAAUGUUUCAGAAUUGAAAAGAUCUAUAGCAGAUGGCAUUGAUGUAAAUAUCAGACAUCCAUUGGGUUGGACAGCAUUGCAAACUGCUGCUAUAAAUCAGAGGGAAGAAAUUAUAAAAAUUUUAUUAGACAAUGGUGCUAAUGUAAAUGCAGAAGACAACUUCGUUAAUGUCUAUAGAACUGCUAUGGAAAAGGGUUUACAUUCGUUGGAUGUUCUUACGAAGAGAGAAGAGGAAUUUUCUGAUCGAUUAAAUAAUCGAGCUACUUUUCAAGGCUUUACUGCAUUACACUAUGCUGUCUUAGCUGAUUCAGAAACUUGUGUGAAAGCAUUACUAGACAGAGGAGCAAAUCCAACUAUAGAAAACGAAGCAGGGCACAGAGCAGUUGAAUAUGCAAAAGAAGGAGAAAUCAAAGAGAUGCUCGUUAAACAUGCUAUUAAAUAUGAUGAAAUAGUAAAAGAAAAGGAAGCAGAGGAACGUCGCAGAUUUCCGUUGGAACAACGUUUGAAACAACAUAUUGUAGGACAGGAGGGCUCAAUUUCCAUUGUUGCUUCCACUAUCAGAAGGAAAGAAAAUGGUUGGAUAGAUGAGGAACAUCCACUAGUAUUUCUCUUUUUGGGUUCGUCGGGCAUUGGCAAAACAGAAUUAGCGAAGCAAUUAGCUGCUUAUAUUCACAGAAAUAAAUCAGAUAGUUUCAUUCGAUUAGAUAUGUCUGAAUAUCAGGGAAAACAUGAAGUCGCAAAAUUAAUUGGAGCCCCACCUGGAUACGUGGGACAUGAUGAUGGUGGACAACUAACAAAACUUUUAAAAAAAUGUCCAUCUGCUGUUGUAUUAUUUGAUGAGGUUGACAAAGCGCACCCUGAUGUUUUAACUGUUUUGCUACAGCUUUUCGAUGAGGGAAGACUAACUGACGGUAAAGGUAAAACAAUCGAAUGUAAAAAUGCCAUUUUUAUAAUGACAUCAAAUUUAGGAAGCGACGAAAUUGCAGAACAUGCAAUGCAACUCAGAGCAGAAGCUGAAAGACUAAUAAACCAUAGGUUAGCUAACAUUACUGAAAAUCAAGAGCCAGAACGUAUCGAAAUAUCCCGUAAUUUUAAAGAUCAAGUGGUACGUCCAAUACUUAAAAAUCAUUUUCGGAGAGAUGAAUUUUUAGGAAGAAUAAAUGAAAUUGUGUAUUUUUUACCAUUUUCUCGGGCAGAAUUAAUAGAAUUAGUCGCCAGAGAAUUAAAAACAUGGGCUAAACGCGCAAAAGAAAGACAUAUGAUUGAAUUAAAAUGGGAUAGAGAGGUCCUAUCAGUAUUAGCAGACGGAUAUGAUGUCCAUUAUGGUGCUCGUUCUAUCAAAUAUGAAGUGGAAAGACGCGUUGUUAACCAAUUGGCAGCAGCUCACGAACGAGGAGAACUUGGUAAAGGAUGCUGUGUAUUGUUAAAAGCAAAAUGGCAUGAAAGUGGAGCAAGCAUAACCCUUUCUGUUCAGAAGAAGGGCUCAGAAAAGUUUGUUGAUAUCGUAGAAACAGAUAAGUUAACGAAAAAUAUUAGUUCAAAAUUUUUAUAAUUAUAGAAUGUAGUCUUACUUUAUAAUAACUUAUACAAAACACAUUGUCAUUUGAGA